UCCAUUCAUUGCACAGCAGAGGGCUUCAACAGAUGGAGAGGCAAUGGCAAGUACAAGGAGCCAAAAGCAGAGAGACAUUCUGUGUCUUUUUGAUGUGGAUGGGACUUUAACCCCUGCACGAGAGAAAGUGGACCCUGAGGUGGAUCUGUUUUUACAGGAGCUCCGGCAGAGGGUAAAGAUUGGUGUGGUGGGUGGAUCCGAUUAUUCAAAGAUUGCAGAGCAGCUUGGAGAUGGAGAUGAGGUAAUUCAUAAAUUUGAUUACGUAUUUGCUGAGAAUGGGACUGUUCAAUACAAAGAUGGCCAGCUCCUAUCGAGACAGGCCAUCCAAAAUCACCUUGGAGAGGAACUGCUACAAGAUCUCAUUAAUUUCUGUCUCAUCUACAUUGCUAUGCUCAAGCUGCCCAAGAAACGGGGAACAUUCAUUGAAUUUCGCAAUGGAAUGCUGAAUAUUUCUCCCAUUGGCCGUAGCUGCAGUAAGGAGGAGAGGAUUGAAUUCUCUGAAGUGGAUAAAAAAGAAAAAAUCCGGGAGAAGUUUGUGGCUGCUCUACAGAGAGAAUUUGCAGGGAAAGGCUUACGAUUUACCAAAGGUGGGAUGAUCAGCUUUGAUAUUUUUCCAGAAGGCUGGGACAAACGUUAUUGUCUGGACAUUCUGGAGGAGGAACGGUUUCUAAGAAUUCACUUCUUUGGCAACGAGACUUCACCGGGUGGUAAUGACUAUGAGAUCUAUACUGAUCCAAGGACAAUCGGACAUACGGUUGUAUCACCUGAGGACACUCUGCGGAGGUGCCGGCAACUCUUCUUUUCAGAAAGAAACAAUGAACUUUAAAUCUGGUUCCAUAGUUUUAGUGGAAUUAGACUAGUGACUAAUCUUUAAAUACUAGAGAAGUGGGACCAUUGUGGUUGGCCAGAGAUCAGAGCUUUUUCUUCUGUAGGUACUGAUAGAAAUGUGACCAUGGAGGAAUUCUAGAGACGUUUUCAGCUGCACAUGCAUUGGCUGGAUCAAGCAUGGUCUCCAGAAUGUUCAGUAUUUCAUUAGAGAACAAGCCAGGAUAAUACACAAGAUGCUUCGCUAUUACAACUGCUGAAGAUGAGAAUAAUAAUGAAAUGACAUAUUAAUGACAUUUCUCUGAAACAUUUACCCAAAUGCUAAAUAUUAGGGAUAAAUAUAAUUGUUUACAUGACAAA